GCCGCAGCUCAGGGGGAAGCAGAAGGCAUCCCAGCUGGGAGGGGGACGGGGCUGCCUGGGCCCAGAGGAGUUAACAGCUCCCAGGCCUUGGCCCAGCAGGGCUGCCACGCUGCAGGCUGCAGCAGUAGGAACAAUUUUAGCAGAGGAGCCAGAGCUGCUUCCUGAUGGGCAAAACAGCUGGCUGCCCGGAGAAAACAGCUGGCCUGUUCCCAGCCUCCUGAGAAGAGAGGCAGAGCCUCAGAGGAGGACAGCUGCACAUCUGGGAUCCUAGGAGAGGAGGGCAUGGCCAAGAAGGGGAGAGAGGGUGGUUCUUCGGAGUGUGUGUGGGUGUUGGGGGGACCCUUGGGGAUGGGGGGCGUGGGCAGAUUCCUAGAGCAGAGGCCAGGUUAUGCUAAAUCUAAGCAGAAUGGGCAGGGGUGCCUCCAGCUGGGUGGCAGGGGGUCUCAGUCUUCCACUGAACAGGAAAGAUGAAGGAAGGGGAGCAUAGGAGGACGACCCCCUGUUCAGCUCUGGGUCCUCUUGGAAUCAGGCUUGGAGGUGGGUAGGUGGGGAGGGCGCCCAGGCUGGCCUCCUGGGCUCCCAUUGCCGAGCUGCACCCAGAACCAGGACCCGAGCGCGGGCCCAUCCUGUGCCAGGAUCCUGGGCUCUUUUGGCCACAAAGCAGGACAGGGGCCCAGAGAGCCCCCAACUCAGGAGACGUGAAGCUGGCAGCUGAUGCUGCCAUUGGACCUUGGGGCCUUCUCACUGCAAGACCACUGGCCUAGAAAUGGCCCUGCUGGAAGCUGUAUCUGGCCUCUGGUGGAGGCUUUGGAGCCAGGCUGGAGACAGGACUCCAGGUGCAGUGCCCCUAUAUGCUGUCCCAUCACUAGGGCCGGAGCAAUGCUGGUGCUGGCGACCGAGGCGAGGAUGGUGACGCACGGGGGUGGCCAGACGCGGACCGCCGCGGGACUGAGAGCACAGGUGUGCCACAGACCACAACGUGGACAACACCACGGAGAUGCUACAGGAGUGGCUGGCAGCUGUUGGGGAGGACUAUGCAGCUGUGGUCUGGAGGCCCGAGGGGGAGCCCAGGUGGUCCUACCCAGAUGAAGAGGGUCCCAAGCAUUGGACCAAAGAGAGGCACCAGUUUCUGAUGGAGUUGAAGCAGGAAGCCCUCACCUUUGCCAGGGGCUGGGGGGCUGACUAUAUUUUGUUUGCAGACACAGACAACAUUCUGACCAACAACCAGACACUGCGACUUCUGGUGGAGCAGGGACUUCCGGUGGUGGCCCCAAUGCUGGACUCCCAGACCUACUACUCCAACUUCUGGUGUGGGAUCACUCCCCAGGGCUACUACCGCCGCACCGCCGAGUACUUCCCCACCAAGAAUCGCCAGCGCCGGGGCUGCUUCCGUGUCCCCAUGGUCCACUCCACCUUCCUGGUAUCUCUGCGGGCUGAAGGGGCAGCCCAGCUCGCCUUCUACCCGCCUCAUCCCAACUACACUUGGCCCUUCGACGACAUCAUCGUCUUCGCCUAUGCCUGCCAGGCUGCUGGGCUCUCAGUGCACGUGUGCAAUGAGCACCGUUACGGGUACACAAACGUGCCGGUGAAAUCCCACCAGGGGCUGGAGGACGAGAGGGUCAACUUCAUCCACCUGAUCUUGGAGGCUCUAGUGGAUGGGCCCCCCAUGCAGGCCUCAGCUCAUGUGUCUCGGCCCCCAAAGAGGCCCAGCAAGAUGGGGUUUGAUGAGGUCUUUGUCAUUAGCCUGGCCCGCAGGCCCAACCGCCGUGAGCGCAUGCUGAGCUCACUCUGGGAGAUGGAGAUCUCUGGGCGGGUGAUGGACGCUGUGGACGGCCGGAUGCUCAACAGCAGUGUCAUCAGGAGCCUCGGUGUGGACCUGCUCCCCGGCUACCAGGACCCCUACUCGGGCCGCACGCUGACCAAGGGCGAGGUGGGCUGCUUCCUCAGCCACUACUCCAUCUGGGAGGAGGUGGCUGCCAGGGGCCUGGCCCGGGUCCUGGUGUUUGAGGAUGACGUGCGCUUUGAGAGCAACUUCAAGGGGCGGCUGGAGCGGCUGAUGGAGGAGGUGGAGGCAGAGAAACUGCCAUGGGACCUAAUCUACCUUGGCCGGAAGCAGGUGAACCCUGAGGAGGAGGCCGCCGUGGAGGGGCUACCAGGCCUGGUGGUGGCCGGGUACUCCUACUGGACACUGGCGUAUGCCCUGAGCCUGGCGGGCGCCCGCAAGCUGGUGGCCUCCCAGCCUCUGCGUCGCAUGCUGCCCGUGGAUGAGUUCCUGCCCAUCAUGUUUGACCGGCACCCCAACGAGCAGUACAAGGCGCACUUCUGGCCGAGGGACCUACGUGCCUUCUCUGCCCGGCCCCUGCUUGCUGCCCCCACCCACUACGCAGGGGACGCUGAGUGGCUCAGUGAUACGGAGACAUCCUCCCGCUGGGAUGACGACAGCGGCCGCCUCUUCAGCUGGAGCGGCUCUCAAAAGACCCUGCGUGGGCCCCGCCUGGACCUGGCUGGCAGCAGCGGGCACAGCCUCCACCCCCGGGAUGAGCUGUAG